GCACAAAGCAAAAGAUAGUGGAGGUGAUUUUUAUAAAGUUUUGUUAGCCUAUCGCAGUACUCCACUUGAAUGUGGAUGCUUAGCUCUUGAUGGGACGUCAUUUGAGAUCCAAUCUGCCAAUAAAUGAGAGCCUUCUGAGAACAGAGGGAGGAGAACAAGUGAAAAGAUGGAAAGAUGAACACAAAGCAAAGCAGAAAGCAUACUUUGACAGAUGUUUUCGUCCAUUACCUGAACUGCACCAAGGAGCUGAAGUGAGGAUACAAGACAAAAUGAACACAUGGGCACAGAAAGCUACAGUACUUGAAUAAGUACAACCCAGAUCAUAUAUGGUCCAAACAGAAGGAGCAAAGACCUCAAGAAAGAGCCAACUUCAGAGUUUCAGUUAACUAAUGCAGACCGACAAAACAUGGAAAUAGCAACAAAAACACAAGAACUGUGUGAACCACUUAGAAGAUCUACUUGUGUUCAUAAACCCCCAGUGAGACUGAUAAAGACAUGUUAAAUUAUGAAUUUGCUCUAGUCAAUGUUGCUAAUUGUUUUUCUUUUUAAGGAACGGCAGAUGUGUCAGAACGUGAUUGGAGAGAAUUCUGAGCAUGCGCAGAAAUGAUAGCUCUGGAAGCGUGGCGUGUGGUUGUUGCUUUUAAAUAAAAGUUCUAUUCUGCCCGAAUAUGGUUCUUUAUUAGAAACCCACGGUACGUAUUAAUAUAAAGAACACAACAGCGGUGACAAUGUUUUCACCACCCUCGGGCGAAAGAGAUUGCUGUUCUUGUGUUCUGAAGCUGUGCCCUCCGGUGCUAGAUUCUCCCAGUACUGUAUUGGAAACAGUUCAGUUGCAAAAGUAUCGAUUCUGGGACAAUCUGAAGAAAGUUACAAACAUCCGUCCGGCAGGUGCGCACCUCGUUUCUCUGACAGUUUGUAUCCUGCUCCGGACUCCAAGCCCUCGCUCUGCGGGUCGAGGCAGCAGAGAUGCCCGGGAGCUCGAAAGCCGAGAGCAGCGGCGGGACGCUGAGCAAGUCUCCCCGAACUCCCAAGUGCUCCCGCUGUCGGAACCACGGCUUCGACGUGCGGCUGAAGGGGCACGGAGUGUGCAACUGGCGCCACUGCCAGUGCCCCAAGUGCUACCUGAUCGCCGAGCGCCAGCGCAUCAUGGCAGCUCAGAAAGCGCUCCGCAAGCAGCAGCAGCGGGAGGAGGAGCGGGCUGUGGCCGCCGAGGGCAACGGCACGGCGGCCGGCACACUUGUUGCCCCGGAGCAACCGCCAGCGCCGGCGCCGGCGCCGAGCCCGGCCACCAACAGCAGCCAGCCGGAGAGAGAAGUCUCUCUGGCGGACAGGCGCGGAUCCUCGGGGGCGGAAGAUAGACAGGGCGGGGGAGAGAGGAAGGACAGUGUCCCCGCCUACAUGGUCCACGCCUCUACUCAAUUCGAUCAUCCUGCUUUGUACCAAGAGUUCACUUCUGCCAGUAAAGACCAAACUGAAAGGAACUUGAUGAGCAGCAGCCUUUACCGGAAUAUCUUGCCACCGAAGCUCUACACGGGAUACUGCAGCAGUGUCUACAGUUAUCACCCCUUUUCCAUGGGUUUUCCGAUGAAUCAGCCAAGCUACAAAGGGACUCACGUGGCAGCUGGGAUGUGUGGCUCGAGAGGCAGCUUCCGGCCAGUCCAAGGAAGUCUUGGGGCAUUCCAUCCAAACCCCAUGUUGAUGCGCGAUAAUGGUUGUGGUCUGCAAUCAUCUUAUUACUCAUCGGCUCCAUUUCUUGGUUCAAGAUUGUUCUCAGGGUCACCGUACAUCCCCCCUCUCCUAGCACCAAGGGUGAACGGAACUUCUAGUGAAACUGAAGUAACUGCAGAGCCAGCCAUUGACAGUCCGGACACGGGAAUGAUCAGUCUUGGAAGUAAAAGUUCACAAGAAAGCAACUGACUCCUGGCAAUCAAGCCACCUGGAGAACAAAUCUCAUUCCUGGUUUGAUUUCAAUUUCCUUCUUUAUUGAAGGAAAGCCUGUUGAAUAGAGUAACAUUUUUGAAUUACUUACUGCCCCUUCAAUGUUGUGCCCACAAUUGCAGUUUACAAAAUAGUUCUUGCAAGCGGGCUCUGAUGAGUAAUGUGAAACACAAAGUGACAAGGUGGUUGAUGUUUAGUGACUCUGAAGUUUUGUGUGUGGGUGGUUCAAGUUUGAAAAGGAUUCCCCUUAUUCUACCACAAAGUUUUGCCUUCAAAUUCUUCCCUGACAACUUUGUGUUGUGUGGAAUCAUGUUCCAUGACAUUACUCAAAAGUAACCCUUCAUAUAACAAGGAUGCUGCCUGUACCAUCUCAAUUGCUUUUGUCAAAAGAACAAAAUGAUUGCCUCUCCUAAUCAAUAAUUUGGUCAUCAUUCACGGUAAAGCCAUACCUAGCAAUUUCACACCCGGUUGACUUUACCGAACUUAUGUAGCCUUGUAAUAUUACAGUUAUGAUGUAUUGUUUUAUACAAAGAAUCCUGAAUGAUCUAAAUGGAUAUAUCAAAGAAAUUUACAGUCAGUUUCUCUACACCAACAUGCAGUUCGUCAAGUACGGACUGAAUUGAAUUUUCCACAGGAUUGAUUUUAUUUCUUCUUUGUUCACUGUGCAGUUUGCUUGGAACGAACCUAGUGGUUGUGAUUUGUGGCAUAUUGUGCCAUAAUCAGUAAUUAAUAUGUCAAUAAACAGUAAGUGUUUUGAAACGCUUGACCAGUGACUGACAUGAGCUCCCAGAGUAACCAAGAAAAUUUGAUUAUUUUAUCUCAAUGUGAAAAAUGUUUCCGUCCAACAUUAGCUCAGACUCUCUAUUGCGAGCUCCUUUAUUAUUUUUCCACAGUAAAACCUGCCACUAUAGAGUUGGAAGCUGAGUACACUUCUCCCAGUAUAUGAACUUUUAUGAAUGACCUUGUCCUUUCAUGAGGGCACUAGAUGAAUAAAUGGCUAAAAAGACAAAGGACUUUUUUUUGGGUGUGUUUCUGCUUUAGCUACAAUGGCUGUAUGAAAUUGCUCUUUAGAUUUGUACUUUUAGUUACAGCGCAUUGAACCUCCCAUGAUGCAAUGUGAGGCUGUAACUGCAUUGGUCAGUAAUAAAAUCAGAAUAUGCUUAGGAUGCACAGCAGGCCAUUAGUAUGGAAAGAGAAGGGUAUGGGGUAAUACUUUUGGGUUUUUUUCGUCUGCGAAGCCCUCGACUGAACUGACCAAAGUACAAUAAGAGGAAGGUCACCAUCAAGCAUACCGGUUAUAGUAAUAGUUACAGCAGUUGAGGCUUCUUCACUAAAUAUAUUUAAGAUACAGUUAGAUAGAUUUUUACAUAAUAAGGGAAUUAAGGGUUAUGGGGAAAAAGCAGGUAGAUGGAGCUGAGUUUACAGACAGAUCAGCAAUGAUCUUAUUGAAUGGCGGGUCAGGCUCGAUGGGCCGGAUGGCCUACUCCUGCUCCUAUUUCUUAUGUUCUUAUGGAAUGUAUUCCUAACUUGAAGGGACAUUGAUGUUGCUCCUUUCAGAUCAUGUUUAAAUUGGCUUCCAGCCUUAUAUAUUCCAUAUUUCUCUAUAAGAAAUAUACCAUACUUCAAACUUUGUAUGCAGAGAGGGUCAGCAAACCCAUAUAUCAAUAUCUUGAAAUGGUUAAUGUUCCAAGCCUACACUGGUAUCACUCCCCAGCUUUUCCUAUGCUACAUCGACAACUGCAAUGGGGCUGCUUCCUGCACCCAUGCUCAGCUCGUUGACUUCAUAAACUUUGCCUUCAACUUCCACCCUGCCCUCAGAUUUACCUGGUUCAUUUCUGAUACCUCCCUCCCCUUCCCCGAUCUCUCGGUCUCUAUCUCUGGAGAUCGUUUAUCUACUGGUAUCUUUUACAAAUGCACUGAUUCUCACAGCUACCUGGAAUAUACCUCUUCCCACCCUGCCACUUGUAAAAAUGCCAUCCCCUUCUCUCAUUUCCUCUGUCUUCACUGCAUCUGCUCUCAGGAUGAGGCUUUUCAUUCCAGAACUAAUGAGAUGUCCUCCUUCUUCAAAGAAAGGGUCUUUCCUUCCUCCACCAUCUCUUCAAUUUCACAUUCAUCUGCUCUCAUUGCGUUCUCUUGCCAGCCCAUCGGGAUAGGGUUCCUUUUAUCCUCACCUACCACUCUAGUAGCCUCCGUGCCCAGCACAUAAUUCUCUAUAACUUCCACCAUCUCCAAUGGGAUCCCACCACCGAGCACAACUUCCUCUCACCCACACUUUCCACAGUGAUCACUUCCUACACAACUCCCUUGUCCAUUCAUCCUCCCCACUGAUCUCCCUCUUGGCACUUAUCCUUGCAAGCAGAACCAGUGCUACACCUGUCCCUACUCCUCCUCCCUUACUACCAUUCAAGGCCCUAAACGGUCCUUCCAGGUGAGGUGACACUUCACCUGUGAGGCUGUUGGUGUCAUAUACUGUGUUCGGUGCUCCUGGCGUGGCGGCUGGUAUUUCAGUGAGACCUGACGUAGAUUGGGAGACUGCUUCACUGAGCACUUAAAGUCCAUCCGCCAGAAAAAGUGGGAUCUCCCGGUGGCCACCGACCUCAAAUCUACUUUCCAUUCCCAUUCUGACAUGUCAGUUUAUGGCCCCCUCAACUGCCACGAUGAGCCCACUGUCAAGAUGGAGGAGCAACACCUUGUAUUCCAUCUGGGUAGCCUCCAGCCUGAUGGCAUGAACAUUGAUUUCUCCUUUUCUCCUUACUUGCCAUCACCUCUCUCAGGUGCUCCUACUCUUUCCCUUUCUUCCAUGGCCAUCUACCCUCUUCUAUAAGACUCCCCCUCUGCAGCCUUUUAUCUCUUUCACCAAUCAGCUUCCCAGCUCUUCAUCCCUUGUCAUCUCCCAGUUUCACCUACC